AUGGAAUUGGACGAGUCGACUGGAGUGCGUAUGUCCGUGGAAAUCAGUCGUCAUCCUAUAGGGCGUCGACCACGAGAGGAACCGACGAAUAUGCCGAACUAUGAAGGUCGUGUCUCCAACAUUCGGUCGCUGUACGGCUGGGCCCCAGGCUCCGACGAGGAUGACGAGGAUGAUUUGGUUUACGAACCCCUGCAGGAUCCCAACAGUGCCUCCUCUUGGUUUGGCAGACUCUCGGAUCGCAAUGCGACGUCGAGGCGCCACGCACGACGCGAUGUGACCGGACGAAGCCCCCUUCCAAUCCCCGUUGAGCCUUCAGAGAGAAGUAGACACCGAAUGGACGACACAACUCUCGCCACGGCCGAAGCUCUGUUGCAGUCGGUUAGACGACAGCCGCGCCUUUCGAGGACGCGGACAUUACACAACUAUCUUUUGGACCGGGAGCGUACCAGCCAGGAUUCAGAAGAUGGCAGGGAACGAGCGACUCAGUCCUCGACUUCACGCGCAUAUCGGUUCAUACCCAGUAGUCGAGGGGAAUCCAGCCGGAUUUCAACUCACGGCGAUGUGCGCGCUCGUGCCAACGCUCAUCGGCAGCUGCAUAUGGAUCAUCCUCCCAGCCCGCGCUUGAAGGAAAUUAUUACAUAUCUCGACCGGUUGCGCUAUUCGACCUCCUUUGAAGAAAGUCUUUCAUCAGCUGCCGCAGGUGGCUUUGCUCAACUCGAUUUCUCCUGGGACGAGGAUGAUUUCAUCCUGGAUACUACAUCAAUUGCACCACCGCCGCCAUGUUCCUGGCUACGUCCAGGUAUGGUUUUUAAAGGCUCACAGAUGGCAGCAUGCACUCCCAGCUCGAUUUUCGCGCACCGUGGGCCAACCUCUCAUCCAGCCACCGAACCAGUGAUCGUCAAUGGCAGCGAUAAUGGCCGCAUUAGUGUUUAUACGACAAGCGGGCGACGAUACUUGGCCAACAAUAAUAUCCCCAGCUUUGGAAUAGGGAAGGAUGAGAAUUGGCCGGUCAAAGUCACCAUUCACAAUAUCAACUAUCAAGAGAUGACACUUUCAGGUACAAUGGAAGCCUACAACAUUCCUGAUAAGACUUCGCCAUCUCACGAUGCACAUAUUGUCACCUUUCUGGAGGGGGAAAUUAUAGACUUCAACACUCACACUCUUGAGACGAAAAAUUUCAAGUCCGACGCUGAAACCGACAGUACCUACUGGCGCGAGCUGCAACCAUUCAAGCACUUAACAGACGACGAGAUGACAAGGAACCUUGUGAGUAGGAAAUGGAUUACCGAAGAACUAUCCAAGCGGUGGAUUUUGAUGCGGUGGAAAGGUGUGUAUUUGAUCUUUCAACACCUCUCCAAUCUGUUUAUGGUUUGUGCUGAUGACGGUACAGAACGCUGUUUCAUCACUCCCACCGACGCCCGCCAGGGCCUCACAAUCUCAGGAUUCUACUAUAUCUCUCUUCGUCGAGAUACUGGGCACAUUGAAGGCCUCUAUUACGACCCGGGAAGCUCACCGUAUCAGCAGCUGUCACUGAAGCCAGAGACGGAGAAGAUGGUUCGUCCUUCUUACGACUUUAGGUAG